UGACACAACACACGCACACACACACUGUUUGUUAUUGUUGCGAGUCGACUCGAUCGUUUGCAUUUCCUUGGUAGAGAAACGGCACGGCGGUUUUGGUUGUGGUUCUUCGUGCCCCUGGCCAUCCGGAAGUGGAGUUUUCGGACUGAUGGAAUGCUAAAAUGCCCAUCCAACUGUACCGUGCGCCAGCAAUCGCGUUAAAACUCGCAACGAACGGACGGCAGUACUGUAGCGUGUACUGAAAAACACACAGGGACUAAGAAUCACAAAACGAUCAAAAAUAUGACGAAUGCUCGCGUAAACUGGAGCGAGCUGUUCCCCAGCCGGAAGAGUAUUUUAAUUUUUAUUACCUACAUGUCCCUGUUUGUCAGCCAGGGCAUACUGGUGACCGCUUCACAGCGAUCCGAUAACUCGUACAGCUACAACACCGUCCUGGUGGUGCUGCUGACGGAAACCCUGAAGCUUGUGAUAUCGGCCGGGCUGUAUUGCAGAGAAAACAGCUUUAAAUCGCUUAUCGCACGCGUGAUUGAAGGGAGCGAUGUGCUGCUGCUGUACUUUGUGCCGGCCUUCCUAUACUGUCUGUACAACAAUUUGGCGUUCGUGAAUCUUUCCACCUUCGACCCAACCACCUACUAUUUGCUGCUUCAGUUGCGCGUGGUCAUAACGGGCAUACUGUUCCAGAUUAUCUUCAAAAAGUAUCUCAGCCGGAAGCAAUGGUUCUCGCUGCUGCUGCUCACCGUCGGCUGCAUGCUGAAGCAGUGGAAUUUUUCACUAUUUUCCGCCUCCGAGCACUCACCGGAAGCCGUAACUGCGGCGGCGGCGGCAAACGCUGCCGGAUCGCUGCCGGAAUCGCCGGCCGAUGGUACCUUCCGGGGUAAAAACAUCUCCGGGUUCGACCUCAGCUACAGUGCGUUGCUUAUCCUGGUGCAGACGGUUUGCUCCUGCCUGGCGGGCGUGUACAACGAGUAUCUGCUGAAGAAGAAAGGGUCCGACAUUAACAUCUACGUGCAGAACGUGUUCAUGUACCUGGACUCGAUCGUUUGCAACCUGCUGAUCCUGCUGCUGCAGGGCGAGCUGGUCGGUGCGUUUACGCGGGAGAAUUUGCGCGAAAUUGCCCGGUUCGAGGUGGUCGUCAUCAUGUUGAACAAUGCCGCGAUCGGCAUCAUCACGAGCUUCUUUCUCAAGUACAUGAACUCGAUACUGAAAACGUUUGCCAGUGCGCUGGAGCUGAUGUUUACGGCGGUGCUGUGCUACCUGCUGUUUGCCAUUCCGGUCUAUCUCAACACGAUACUGGCCAUCUUCGUGGUGUCGUACGCGAUCUACCUGUACUCGCUGAAUCCGGUCGUGAAUCUGUCCAACACACCGGGUGCUUCGAAGGCGGCACUCAAUGUGUCGCAGCGAAACACGGACGACCGGAAGUCGCUAUUGCGAACCGGUGGUGCACGUUCGCGGGCCAAUGUGAGCGAUUCGGAGGACGAGGCCAGCGGUGCACUUCAAAUGCAGGAGGUGUGAUAGGUUUACAGGGCAGUUGGUUCCUGCAACUGUACAGCGAUUAUCUUAUACAAAGUGACAUCGAGGCACCAUUACACACCGAAGGAGUGUGUGUAGAGUGUGGCAAGUGCUGGGCAAUGUAAUCUAUAAGAUGCAGAAACUGAUUCCUGAGCCGAUUCCGGAGUUGACUCUGGAGCCGAUUCCAGAGCUAAUUCCGGAACCAUUACCGGAGUCGAUUCCGGAGUUGACUCAGAAUCACAAUCAGAGGAGUCCAGAAUCAGUUUCAGAAAUAAGAAUCGGCUCCCGAGUAGGUUCCGGAAUCGGCCUCCUGAAUUGACUCCGAAAUCGGUUCCGGAAUCGAAAUUGGACCCGAAACCUGAUUCCGUUACCGGAGCAAAUUGCGUUUCCAAGGUCGAUUCCGAUUUAAGGACCGAUUCCAAUUCCGGAGCUGAUUCCAACUCCGGAAUCAGAAUCGUCCCCGGAAUGGGCAUUGACCUGGGAAUCGCAAUUUGUUCGGGUAACAGAAUCAGAAUUGACUCCAGAAUUGGAAUUAGCUCCAGAAUGGGGAUCAAUUCUUGAAUUAAAUACGAAGUUUCAGAAGCGAAAUCACUCUGGGAAUCUCCAUGAGAAUUUUGAGCCAAUUCUGAUCCCGGAAUCAAUUCCGGAACCAAUUCCGGAGCCGAUUCCGGAAACUAAUACCGAACCUACUAUCCGGAAACGAUUCCAGAAAACUUCGGAGCUACUUCCCAUCACUGCACUAAUCCUUACACAUGAGUACGAAGCAAAAACUGAGAAAUGGCAACAAAAACGAAGCGAAUAGAGUGGAAAAAAACAUUUUUAUUGACCCCAA